UGUACUGUUUCUAUUUCCUGUUGUAUUCUCGUUUGGAACGAGAUUAGUGUUUAGUUAGUACACGACUUUUCCGGAGCGAGUUGUACUCCGUGUUGUGUAAAUUCUGCUGUCAAGUUUCUUCAAACCUCGUUCAGUUGUGUUUCCCUCGUGGGCAAUGCCGGGGCCAUAUUUGUGACCAUCAGUAGGAGAAAGCAAUGUCGGGGAAUGGAAAAAAAAAACUGUCAAGACGAUAAACGAUAUCAAGAAAAUAAAUCAAUUGCUUUUGAUCCGUGUCUCAGGAAAACAGUGAACAGUUACUCAGCACAAAUAUUGGCAAAUUUGACUUUUGCGGACAUUUAAAUAUAUCUUAUCCAUGAUUCAUCUCCAUACGCCAGCGAGGCUGAUGUGUAACCACCGAGUACACACACCUACCGAUACAUCAACCUGAAUAUCCUUCAUUCAGAGUUUCCAUGUUGUUUUGUGCUCUGAUUUGGUCACAAACAGGCUGACGCUUUCGGCACAAUAUUAUCCAUUUGUCUGCUGCUCGCGGGAGAUAUUCAUCAGUGUCCGGGACCAAACAACUUGCAAAUGAAACACCGGCCAAAGACGAGAUGUUGCAGUGACUGUCCUAACUGCGGUAAGGCUGUGAGGAUAAACGCUAAAGCUGUCGCAUGUGACUUUUGUGAUGCUUUUGUUCACAUAAAAUGUGGAAAUAUUGCAUCUAAAAUCUAUGAACUGGCCGUAAAGAGUAAUUCUGACAUUCCGUUAGCAUGCAACAGGUGUUGUAUGAAUGAAAUGUGUCACGCGAACGGCACUGAUUGUCUGGAGGAGACAAUGCAUUGUUCUGGGGACAGUUUGGUUGAUGCAAGGAAUGACUGUGAGGCUGUUUUUAGUCGGAAAGGGCUUCAUUUUAUUCAUAUUAAUGCAAGGAGCUUGCUGCCUAAACUUGAGGAGGUCAGUCAACUUGCAAGUACCUCUAAGGCUGCGGUGAUUGCCGUGUCGGAAACCUGGCUUGAUGGAUCAAUACAGGAUGUUGAAGUUGAGCUUACGGGUUACUCCAUCUACAGGCACGAUCGGAGCAGAAACGGAGGAGGAGUGUGCCUAUUUAUAAGGAAUGAUUUGACAUAUAACCCGCGGACUGAUCUCCAUGAGAAGGGUUUGGAGUCUGCAUGGAUUGAACUGUUGCUUCCUAAAACUAAGCCCAUUAUUAUUUGCGUUUGUUAUAGACCUCCUAAGCAAACAGAUUUUUAUGAGCUCUUUGAAAUGUUUUUUUGUAGGAGUAAUGUAUGUAUGGAGAAUGAAUGUAUCAUUAGGCCUAUGGGUGAUUUUAACACAAAUGUACUACAGCCUCGUACUAAUAGUUUGAAAGAAUCUCUUUCAACUAUUUGUAAGGUGUCUGGCCUACAACAGUUAAUCACUGAACCUACUAGAGUGUCUGUCAACAGUCAAACCCUAUUGGACUUAAUAUUAGUUUCAGAACGUGAAAAUAUUUCUCAAUCAGGCGUCCUUGAUAUUGCUUUGAGUGAUCAUAACGUCACUUUUUGCACUCGCAAAAUAUCUAAAUCACAAUUGAAGACUGGUAACCAUAGUUCAAUUAGGUACAGAUGCACAAAACAUUAUACAACUGAGGAUUUUAAAGAAAGGCUUUCCAGGAGGGAUUGGUCAGAUGUUUUAGGAAGCAAUGAUGUUGAUGGGGCUUGGUCUUUGUUUAAACAGCACUUUUUAGCUGCUCUUGAUAAUGUUGCACCAAUGAAGGAGACCAGAAUUAAACAGAGAAGUGCAAUUUGGAUGACUUCUGACAUUCUGGAUCUCAUUAGACAACGUGAUAAAUGGUUCAGAAAGUUUAAGAGGUCAACUUUGUCUUGUGAUUACGAUAAAUAUAUAUAUUUUCGCAAUCAGACUAGUUAUAAGGUACAGAAAACAAAGUCUGAAUUUUAUGCCGAUGCUAUUACGGCAAACUUACAUCAGCCUAAAAAGCUAUGGAAAGUUCUUAGUGAUAUGGGCGUUAAAGAAAAAUCUAAAUCUAAGUCUGGUAAUAUUAGUUUAGUUAUUGAGGAUAAAAGGAUUUCUGACAAACAGCAGGUUGCUUGUGUUUUUAAUACCUUUUUUACAACAGUUGCUGCCAGUCUGUUUGAUAAGUUGCAGAGUGUGUCAGGUAGAUAUGACCCAUCGUUUGUAAAUUCCUUUUAUAUAAACAAACAUGUUACUCCUGAUGCUUUUGAGAUUGGCCCUGUAUCAGAGGAGAGGGUGAGAUUGUGUCUAUCCACAUUGUCAACUAACAAAGCUACUGGACAGGACCUUAUUCCGUCCAGAUUUUUGAGCGAUAGUGCCAAUGUAAUUUCUAGGGUACUCACCCAUAUAAUAAAUUUGUCUUUAAGUCAGGGUAUCUUUCCAAGUGGUAUGAAAAGGGCUAGGGUAGUCCCCCUUUUUAAGAAAAAUAGUAGAUCAGAUGUUGUAAUUAUAGGCCUGUAUCAAUUCUGUCAACCAUAUCGAAGGUGUUUGAGCGUCUGGUGUAUGAGCAGGUGGAAGAGUAUCUUGUCAAACAAAAUCUACUGUAUGAACUUCAGUCGGGAUUUAGAGCAGCAUACUCUACUGAAACCUGUCUUAUUCAUUUAUGUGAUUAUAUUAGACAAAACUUUGAAGGAAAGUAUGUGGGCAUGAUACUUCUUGAUUUGCAAAAAGCCUUUGAUACUGUAAACCAUGCAAUAUUACUAUCAAAGCUACAAAGUAUAGGCUUCAGAAAUACUGCUGUGAAAUGGUUCACCUCUUACCUCACUGGAAGAACUCAAGUUUGUGAUGUUGAGGGGACCAUAUCAGAUCCUCAGGAUAUUACUUGUGGGGUGCCUCAAGGUUCAAUCCUUGGCCCCAUUCUAUUUUUAGUUUAUAUCAAUGAUAUGCCAGCUGCAGUGAAAUGUAAGCUGCUUUUAUAUGCUGAUGACUCUGCAUUGUUGGUCUCUGGGGAUGAUAUCAGCGAGAUUGAGAAGACUCUCGGUAAUGAAUUAAAUAGUGUUAGCAAGUGGCUUAUUGACAACAGGCUUUUAAUACAUCUGGGAAAAACUGAGUCAAUUUUAUUUGGAACAAAAAGGAAGUUGUCUAAAACAAAUGUACUUAAGGUCACAUGCAAUGGCACUGAAAUACUGUCUCAGAAAAGUGUUACAUACUUGGGGUUAACAUUGGAGCAGUCAUUAACUUGUAAAUCCAUUGCCGACAAAAUACUAUCCAAGUGUGCAGGUAAAUUGAAAUUCUUGUAUCGCAGAACAAGGCAUUUAGAUUUUUCUUUAAAGAAAUUACUGGUUGUAUCAUUGAUUCAAUGUCAUUUUGAUUAUGCAUGUUCUGCUUGGUACUGUGGAUUAUCAGUUAAACUAAAAAAACAGACUGCAAGUGAUGCAAAAUAAUGUUAUCCGCUACCUGUUAAAUGC